AGCUUUCAGAACCUCUAGUAGUUAUAGGAACCUGUCUAGUGACUCUGUAUGAGUAUAUAUAUGAUAGAAAAUAGUAAUAAACAACAUUUUUUAUUGUUGGUUUGUGUAAACAUGUUUUGUAAACAAUAUAAUGACAGCAAAGUUUAUGCUGUUAUUGUGUAGUAUACAAUGAGUGAGUAUAUACCAAAUAGUCUUUAUAUUGGUCUCAGAAGCCAUAAAAGUUACUUGAAAAAAAUAAGAGUAGAGAAAGCAAAAACUAUUACCAGGUGACCGGCAGUCGGCGAUGUAGCCAUAUGCAGUUCAGUUUGUCAACUUCAUGCCUCCAUAUCUCGGACACGCUGCAUGUUUUGGACUCUUCAUUGGGAAAUGAAAGUAAUUCUAACAUGGUUAUGGCUGCUGCAUCUCCUAAGCCAGUAAGGAUGUCCACCAAACCACAGAGAAUGUCACGGCGUGUCACCCGUCAGGUGAAGCACAAUGAUUCUUUUGUUUAUGAGGAUAAUCCUGAGGUAUUCAGUGAAAAUGAUGACGACGUCUGGCAGCCUUCAGCACCCACCAAGAGACAACCACAACGUACCCGCAAGCCCAAGGGAAACAAGUCCAAGCCACAAAUUACAAAUCCACAUCUAAAAGAUCAAGAGAACAAUAGCAGCCUUGCAAAUAGUGCAGAGAACACCGAACCCCCUCAAGAUAACAAUGAAAAACCUCGGGUACAAAGACGAAAACGUCUAUUAUACAAAUCGGCCACUGAUGAACCAUACCAGGGCUCUCCAAAUUUGGUUGACCUUCCUAAAGCAGUCGAUAGUCCGCACAGCAUCGUGAGAUGGCAGCUGAGAAACAAAAAUAAGGGAGAUGGCCAGCAUGUUGAAAAACGUGUAAAGUACUCCAUGGAGAAGAAUCCUUCCUCUGUAAGCCAUGCAUGCUGUAAGAGGCAACUAGAAUCCCAGAAGCAGAAGUCUAGUAACCCCUUCUUCGGGUCACCCUGCUUUAGUGGCACGUGACCAGUGUUAAGAAAAAAAAUUGUAUGUAUGGAAGUGAGAAGUACAGUGUCUGCACUAAAGGAGGGGUUUGGGAUAUUUGCUGUUUAGAGGGACAUCUAAACUGUCCUCUCUGCAUGCCUCUGGCAAGACAGUUACAGCAUAAAUGAUGGUGAAAGUGUUUCUUUUUUGGGUCACUACCUCGGUGGAAGAUGGCCAUCAUGUCAAAAAAAACAUGUUUAUACAGGAGAGCCCUGAUUUAUGGUGCUUUGCUAAUACACAUUUCAUAAUACAGUAGUCCCCCAAGUUCACGGGGGUUAUGUUCCAAGACCACCCGCGAAUUUGGAAAAACUGCGAAUUCUGGACAUGGUUAAAAAAAAAAAAAAAAAAAGCCCCAUUUUUGUAAUUUAAACCCUAAAUAUACCCCCAAAAUACUUUAAUUUCACUUCAAACUCAGCUUCAUACAUCACCCAUAACACAAAAUGUAAAGAUAAACCCAUAUACGUACAGUGGACCCCCGGUUAACAAUAUUUUUUCACUCCAGAAGUAUGUUCAGGUGCCAGUACUGACCGAAUUUGUUCCCAUAAGGAAUAUUGUGAAGUAGAUUAGUCCAUUUCAGACCCCCAAACAUACACGUACAAACGCACUUACAUAAAUACACUUACAUAAUUGGUCGCAUUCGGAGGUAAUCGUUAUGCGGGGGUCCACUGUACAGUACUAUACUGCUGUCUCCCUCAGUGCUAGAAUAUAAAAUACCGAUGUUACCCCCAUAUGUACUGUAAUUCAUUCAAGCCUGUUUUCUUUGGUAUACGUAAGGUAACAAUGUAAUUUAGCGUUAAAAUUAUAUAUUACCACGAAAAAAAAAACAAAAAAAAAUUUCCCCAAAUUUGCGGGGAUUUCCACGAACAAUUAUUGGUUAAGAUCCAAGGAAAAAUUUGCGAAUAUACAGUGGACCCCUACAAAUUUGCUGGGGUCCACUGUAUAUCCAAAAAUUUGUUUGUAUGGCUCCUGAUUCGCUGUCACAGCCUGAGCACCCAGCUGGCUGGGUGUCCGCGUGUCAUUUUCUUUGUUUACAUCCUCCACGAGUUCCACAAUCUCAUGAUUCUAUCUGGAAACUUUCCAAAGUUUCAAGUGUUUUAAAGUUAAUGUGUAUUUUAUAUAUACUCAACUUGUACAGGUAGUUGUGAUAAAGUAAGAGCUUUACAACUCCUUUUUAAGUGCAGAGUUAGAAAUGUCUGACUGAGAUAGUACUGAUAAUUGUACUUAGGUGUACUUACUGUGCUGGCAUGCAGGUACAUUAAAAUCACUAUUUGGCAUUACAAAGUAGGAGUAGCUAUGCCGGGUGAAGGAGUAGCUAGGAGUGUCUCACUGGUGUUGACGCAGUAACAUAAGCAUAAUAACGAUCACUGGGGAAAUUUAAAUGUAUAUUAUGUUAGACAUUUUUAUUAUUCCAUCUAUGACACAAUUUUUCAAAAUUAUACAAGAAGCACACUGCAUAUCAUAUAACCAUAAUACUGUACAAUCAUACUAGAACAGAUUGACAUAAUUGUGAGGUGUGGUAGCCAGGCGUCUUGUAGGAGUGUACAGCAAGAAAUACAAUAAGACUUUCUCUCUAGUCCAAUACCACCAGAGAAACUGUCGAUAUUACUGAGGUAACUGUAGAAAAACACUCCUUUUGUAUGCCUUUACUCAUAAACACCAUCACUCACUCUCUAAAGGGUGUGUUGCAUGAGCCUGAGUGUUGCUCUUAUGUAGGCUACUGUAUUAAUGUGAAAAUAAUUUGUAUAUAACGUAAGUUGUUUGUAUUGUAGGGAAAAAAUAUUCCAUAAAUUUAUACACGUCAGCGUUUUGAGUGGACAAAUAAUGGACGUGUCAGAUGGACACACAUUGAAUACCACUUGGACAAGUACAGCCUCUCCUUACUUGGUGAUGUACUUGUUUACCGAUGACUCAGACUGACGACAGGGGCUCUGACUAAUGUGCAUACCAAAAUAAUGUACUUAUAUCAGAGCUGAUUUCCUCUAUUCUGUUUAUUACAAUAUACAGUAAACUACUGUAUAAACAUUUGAAAAUAUACCAGAAAUGUUAUAAAUGGUGCAAAGGUAACAUUAAAACAAUAUCAGAGAUGAUUGACACAAACCCACUACCAUUGUAGUAUGCUCCUCACUGAGCAUCGAAUUCAUUUACCGACGAGGUCUUAGGAACAGAACUCCGUCGUUAAGUGAGGAGACGAAGUAUUAAUACGUGUCCAUCUGAUGGUCUGUCCACUGACAUUAUAUAUAUACAUUUAUGGAGCAUUUUUCCCACAACACAAACACCUUGCAUUAUAUACAGAUUAUCUUUACAUUAAUACAGUAGCCUGCAUUAUUGGGUGUGUUGCCUUGAACCUGGGUGUGUUGUCGUGAAUCCGGGUGUGUUGCUGUGAACCUGGAUGUGUCAGGAUGAAGAUGUGCCAUCUCCUUUUGUCUUCCUACAAUAAAUACUACUCACCAUUCACAAUAAGUUAAGGUCAGAAUUAUUUUAAAGUAAUGAGUGUACUGUAUAUGAUUUUUUUUUUUUUUUUUUUUUUUUUUUUUUUUUUAGGCCUAAUUCUGUUGCUGACUUAAUAUAUGAUAUUGUAUAAACAUGUUAUGUUAUUUAUAUGCAUUUACAAGUAAAAAAAAAGGUGACUCACUUUACAGUGGUAGCACGGAACCUAACCCACCGUAAAAUCGGGGCCAUCUUGUAUACAUAUUUAUUUUUGACAACUGUCUUCCACCCAGGCAAGGUGACUUGAGAAAAGAAGGAACAAAGUUUUUCUUCUUUUUACAUUUAGUAAUUUAUACAAAAAGGGUUACCAACUCUGCUCCUGGCAUUUUAGUCACUUCUUAUGACAUGCAUGGCUUGAGGAGGAAGGACUCUCCUCCACUUCUCCAUGUAUAUUAUUAGCAACACAUAAAGUUUUAAAGACUCUUAAACCAAAACAUUUUUUUUUUAUGAAAUAGAAAAAAAUAAUUGUAUCUUGUAUGUGCAGUUACUUGAAAGUCAGCAUGUACAAGACAUAAUGAACUUUUGUCCAGUAGUAUUAAGUUUGUCUUUUGUACAGGAAUAAAAUAUAUUGGUAAAAAUC